AUGACUUUGUUAAACACCUUUCUAGCCCUGACCAACUUCAGAUCUCCAUUCCUUCGCACAUUGGUGCCUAGUAUUGGACUUGCGUAUGCCAUUCAAGCUGGCGUUGCAGUGCCUAGUAUCGCAUUGCAGUCUGAACGCUUCUAUGAUCUGAGUGGAUCAUUGACGUAUCUGUCAUGCACGGCACUGUCUCUCUACUUGCCUACUCUGAGAGCUAGAGCUGCUGCUGCCACUGCUUCGGCUGGUACUGCAGCUCUUCCUGCAUUCCCUAGCUUGUUGGCUAGUUUGGCGAGCAAAGGCGGUGUCCAGGCCUGGAACUGGAGACAGGUUGUUCUCAGUGCUGCCGUAGCCAUCUGGGCCACUAGACUCGGUACCUUCCUCUUCUCCCGCAUAACCUCCGAAGACGGCCGCGACUCCCGCUUCGACUCCAUCAGAACCUCGCCUCCCAAAUUCCUCGGCGCCUUCUUCGCCCAAGCAACCUGGGUAUCGCUCUGUCUGCUGCCCGUCCUCGCCCUCAACUCCGUCCCCACAACCACCCUCUCCGCCCUGCCCUUCCUCACCCUCACCGACGUCAUCGGCGUACUCCUCUACAUUGGCGGCAUCACCUUCGAAGCCACAGCCGACAAGCAAAAAUCCCAAUGGAUGGAAGAAAAGAAGAACAAGAAACACAAUGAAGACUUUCUGACCAGAGGCUUGUGGUCAAAGUCCAGACAUCCCAACUACUUUGGCGAAAGCACUCUGUGGACUGGUAUUGCGACUGUCGCUGCUGGUGUUUUGGUGACCAAAAUUGGGCAGGCUGGUAUGGGAUUCAGUGGCAGUGCUGGUGCUAGAUUGGGUGCUUUGGCCAUGGCUGGUGUUAGCCCUGCUUUUGUCACUUUCUUGUUGCUCAAGGUCUCGGGCAUUCCUCUCAGCGAGAACAAGUACGACAAGCGGUACGGCGACCGCAAGGACUACCAAGAGUGGAAGAAGAACACUCCCAUGUUCAUCCCUAAGCUCUAA